UUAUUUGCUUUCUUUCUUGAGUGGCGUUCACAUCGUAAAAGCAUAAAUUUUCGUGUUAAAUAUUAUUUUUCAAAAUUUCUUCUCAAUUAACUGUUUGUUAGUGUGUGCGAUGUUUGUGUGAAAUGAUGAACUUUUUGAAUAUUUUUGUUGGAAGGUUUUUCGGAAUGAAUAUGAAUUUAUUUAUGACACUUGAAAUAAACAAUAUGAAUCUAGAAAUAUUAGCUUAAUCCUCAACCUAAAAUUGAAAAUGAUUGGCUUCUGCAUUAUUUUUAUGUACUGUAUAACCACGAUCACUCCAUAUGAUUAUGAUAGUCUCAUAGAGACGGAAAUUCUCACAAAUCUAUCAGUAUCAGCGUUUCUUGAUGAAAAUCGUUAUAUUCGACUCAAUAUCAGCUGGAGCGACGUCCUUGAUUCCGUAGAUCAAAUUUCAAUAAGGUUUGUAGAAGAUACUGAAGCUGAUAACACUGUUUGUGGUGUGAUUGAUAGCCUUGAUAGAAUUUCAGUAGCAGAGAAAAAUAAUAUCAUUAUACCAUCGUUAACUUUGUCCAAUCCUGCUGAUGAAUUACUAAAUGGAUGCGAAUAUAAAACCGUUGUUGAAACCCACGAUCUGAAUCCAAAUUUUAAACAAAUAAUGAUGUAUCAAAUACCAGAAUGUGUUCAUGACAAAUGUCGAUGUAAAGAAAAAUCUCCAUAUCAGCUUAGCAGUAUCAUUCCACUACACGAUGAUAAUUAUCUUCUCAAAUGGAAUGAACUUUCUCAUGAGAACCUUACACUUAUUAGUAUAUAUUGUACAAGGAAUAAUAAUAGUCUUGGAAAUUCUUCUACUACUACUUUCAUCAAAGUACAGGAAACUAAUGUGUUUAAAGAUGGCACAGAAAUAUUGUUACCAGAUAUCAAAGAAGAUGUUACCUAUAGGAUCACUGCAAAUUUUCAUCAUGACGGUUGUGCUUACAGAAGCUCGAUUACGUUUGAAGUGCCAAAAACAAGAACUACAUUGACGACAAUAGUAGGAUUGAUUUUGUUAUUAGUUGUUUUAUUAGUUCUUUUAUUUGCUGUACUUAUAAAAUCCAAUAAAUAUAAACGUAUCUUCGAAAAGUACACGAAAUGCUGGAAACAAGACGAAGUAGGGGAUAUUUAUGCUAUAAAACCCUUAUCUUGUAGUUUUAGAAAAGAAGAAAUUAAUAGUCAAUAUACACCUUUAGAAUUUGUUUUGAAUUCUUAUAAUUACGACAAAUAUGAAUUUCCAAAGAAUAAAAUUAUUCUCAAACAAGAAAUUGGUAAAGGAGCCUUUGGGACUGUAUAUUAUGGAGAAGCUUUCGAAUUAAAUAAUAAUCCAGGAUAUACAAAAGUAGCUAUCAAACAACUGAGAGAAGGUGCUCCCGAUGAGGAAAAACAAGAUUUAUUGAACGAAAUUCGUAUUUUGAAAAAAGUUGGGGAGCAUGAAAAUAUAGUUAAACUUUUAGGUUGUGUUACCAUAAAUCAACCAUACAUGAUACUGUUGGAGUUAGUACCUUGCGGGUCUCUGAAAGAUUAUCUUCUCAAAUUGAGAGAAAAUUGGUCUGUGAGGAAAACUCAGUUUUUCUUUACAGGGUUUGACUCUCAAAAAUUGAAAUACGCAAAAGUUAUAUUCGACACCACUGAUGAUUCUUAUAUAACCCCUGAUAAUAUUUCUCUGAAUGAUUUAACAGAAAAUGAAGUAUUGAAUUUGGAGUAUAUGUCUGAAUCUUUGAAACCCGAAAAAUCUCAAGCUCCCCAAUCACCAAUUUCGAUUGUUUCGAGUGGAUUGAUUUCUUGCGCAGACACGGAACUUACUUCUUUGCCUAGUUUACCACCAACUCCAGAAAUAAGAGGAAAAAAUGAUGGAUACUUCCAAAGAGCUGAACCUCUUUUAGACAAUGGAGAAUUGCAACAAUUUGCCCAGCAAAUAGCUCGUGGUAUGGGGCAUUUGGAAAAAAUAAAAGUUACCCACAGAGAUUUAGCAGCAAGGAAUAUUCUUAUGACCAGUGAGAAAAUCUUGAAAAUUUCUGAUUUUGGCCUGUCACGAGUGGGAAUUUACGUCAGUAAACAAGGGCAAAAGUUACCCUUGAGAUGGAUGGCUAUUGAGGCGAUCGAAGAAAAAACGUGCACCAACAAAAGCGAUGUUUGGUCGUUUGGGGUAGUCCUAUGGGAAAUUGGAACUUUAGGUGGAUUUCCUUAUUCAAAAACCCAUAAUAACCUAAUCCUUUAUGAAUUGAAACAAGGAAAGCGACUCGAGAGACCUAAAAUAUGUACAGACGAACUUUAUAAACUAAUGAUGGAUUGUUGGAGUGAAAAACCAGAAGAUCGACCAACAUUUAGUGAAAUUAUGGAUCAGUUAGACGAAAGGAAAAAGAUUUACGUUAAUUUUGAUAAAUUGAGCCCCACCUAUGAUUUUCCUAUUUCUAAAGAGCCAGAAAUUUUCUAAUAAUGAAAUACUAUACGUAGUAAGGAAGUUUGAGGUUAUGGAAUAGAUGAUAUAAAGCCUCGGCUUCGCCUCGGAUGAGAAAUUCAACUGUCUGCUUUUAGGUUGAAAUGUACAUUUUUGUAUAGACUGAUAUAUAUUUUUUUAUCUACUUUCUGUACCUUCUAGUUUAAUUUUGUAUAAAUAAAUAGAUAGUUGAAA